UUAACAAGAAGCUGGUAACAAGGUUAGCUUUAUGAUUCUGCACCUUUUUUUAAGCCUGAUAGCUGAAUGACUAUACAGAGAAGGUAAUUUGUAUAUAAUCUCCACUUUCAUCAGUUGGACUACUCUGUCUCCUGUUGGUCUCAGACAAGUGGAAUCACAAGUGGAGAGACUGUUCCUGAGAGCCACCACAAGAUGGAAGUGUAACACCUCAGUGUUUGAGUGCAGCCGGUGGUGGAUCCAGCUGUCUGUCCCAAUCCAUAUUAUGGCCAUGGUGGAAAACAACGCCAGUCUCCCAGGCAGCUGCUGGACCCAGAGAACACCGGUUUCAUCGCAGUGGAGAACUUCACCAGCCUGGUGGAGCACCAUGAGCUGCAGCUGGACCCAUCCAAACUGGACAUGCUGUUCGCCCUGGUCCAGAGCAAUGAGGAGGGACAGGUGUGCUACCAAGAGCUCAUCGAGCUGAUGAGCAGCAAGCGCUCCAGCAGUUUCCGACGGGCCAUCGCCAAUGGCCGCCGCACGCUGCAGAGGGAGAUCCUGCUGGACGAGACGGGGCUGGGUGUGUACAAACGCUUUGUGCGCUACGUGGCCUAUGAGAUCCUGCCCUGCGAGACAGACCGGCGCUGGUACUUCCACCAGAACCGCUUGUGUCCCCCGCCUGUCUUCAUGGCCAUCAUCACCAUCGUCCAGAUCAUUGUGUUCAUGUGCUAUGGCAUCAUGCUGAACAAGUGGGUUCUGCAGACGUACCAGCCUGACUUCAUGAAGAGCCCCCUGGUCUACCACCCCGGCCACCGCGCCCAAGUGUGGCGCUUCUUCAGCUACAUGUUCAUGCACGUCGGUUUGGAGCAGCUGGGGUUCAACGCUUUACUCCAGCUGAUGAUUGGCGUUCCUUUGGAGAUGGUCCAUGGCAUCUUACGAAUAAGUCUGCUCUACAUGGCAGGAGUGGUGGCCGGCUCCCUGACAGUGUCCAUCACUGACAUGCGUGCUCCCGUGGUGGGGGGCUCCGGGGGAGUCUACGCUCUGUGCUCGGCACAUCUGGCCAACGUCGUCAUGAACUGGGCCGGGAUGCGCUGCCCAUACAAGCUCCUCCGCAUGAUCCUGGCACUCGUCUGCAUGAGUUCGGAGGUGGGCCGUGCCGUGUGGCUGCGCUUCUCACCGCCGCUGCCCUCCUCGGGGCCGCAGCCCAGCUUCAUGGCGCACCUGUCGGGGGCCGUGGUGGGUAUUAGCAUGGGGCUGCUCAUCCUACGCAGCUACGAGGAGAGCCUGCAGAAGCAGUGCUCCUGGUGGGUCAUCGUCUUCUCCUUUAUCACCUUCCUCCUCUUUGCGAUCUUCUGGAACAUCUUUGCGUAUGAGCUGCUGGGCGUGCAGAUCCCGCCUCCGCCCUGAUGAAGGCCCCCCGCGGCCCCUCCCCCCCAACAUACACACUGACUUCAGCCCCACCCCGAACAAAAAUGUCCCCCUGACCAUCGUUACCUUUCCCAUUCCCUCUCAAGUUAGACCCAACUGGUAUCAAUUCAUUCAAAACUAAAGUCGACCAAGAAUCCUUUUUUACAGAUACUUUGCAAAUCAAAGAAAUAUGUCUCUUUUAUUAAAGAGGGAUUACAGUAGCAACAAGUACAGGUGAAUGCUCCUCAGAUCCAUUUUGAGGAGCAUUAUAUCUUUUUAUAUAUGUUGAAAUCUCAUCCACCUUACCAGCUCAAACCUUUCAGUGAGCAUUUUGCCAUUGUACUUUUUUUUUCUCCUCAGAGAGGGUUUUUAAAAACCCAAAGGUGUUUCAUUAUUCAUUUCUUUCAGUGCAUCCUUCACCCAUUUAAAGACUCCAAAAAAAAAAAAUGAAAAUCUGAGCUCAGUUCAUGAUAUGUGCCUCUGGUUAAGAAAAAAAAAAAGUCAGUGUGGGCAGGAAUUAUAUGAGGGAAACAGCAGGAGUAUGCACUGUAUUAGUGACGAAGCUGGCCAAAUGCUCAACAGCAUCGACUCAUCAUUUAUUAUAAUGUGAUCAAUUUAUCCCCAAAGGAGGAAUUGUCUUUUCCUUUGAGCCCCUCCGCAGAUAGGUCCGAGUCAGCUGUAGCAUUGCCCGUGGAGCUGCUAGGGAUUCAGCGUCUUGCUCAAAGGCACUCGAGCAUUGAUGACGGGGGCUUGAACGUGGGCGCUGUGGUUGAAAAGUGAGUCUUCCUACUUACUGCGCCUCCAAGUAGAGCUACAAGGUGAAAUAUCUGAGGAGGGGAUGGUGUUUACUUCAGGAGGGAGCAAUAAAAAAAACAUGGAAGCAGCAAUGAAAUACGAUUGUAGUCAGGGGUUGUUUUUGUUUUUUUCCUCAAAAUCGCUGGCAUGCUAAUGGAGGGCAAAAGAUGAACUAACACAACUUGGUAUACACUCUAUCUUGUAAAUGAGCCCCAGUGUAGCACCUCCGGCUCAGUAGGAGAUGUCAGUCAAAACGCUGCGCCCCCUCUGAGUGCAAGUGGAUUACGCUUUUCCCAGAGCAUUUACAGAAAAAUGGAGGUAAAAAGGAUUUUUUUUUUGGCUGUUUGGACUGCAAAGUUUCAGGCAUUAUUUUUGUGAAUUUUGUGGCUUAUACCAUCUCCUUGGAGUAACUUAUGAUUUGGAGCAUCAGCAUCACUUUCACUUCAUGUGGUCUCAAAAAACAAGCUCAUUUUUAUACACAAUGUGCAUAACAUUAUAAAUACACUGUGGAUACAGACAGUCACGAGAAUACGGUACAUAUAACAUAAACAAGGCAUGCAGAUGGGAAACGACAGUGGCGGUGUGGGGAGGGGGAAGAAGAUAAGUUUAAGAAGUUCAUAGGAAAAUGACAAGUGAAUUUAUCACUUCCUAGCUAGUCAUCACUUGAGCGAGUGAGCUCCACCUAUUACUGUGUCAUGCGCUAACCGCCAACUUUGCUAAAGCACCGUGUAAAAUAUGUCAUCUCACGCUCUGUGGUUCUCGCCGAGACAAGGACACGCGCCUUCCCAGAGGUCUCUGCUCCGUCUCUACGAACAACCACUGCCUGAUUCUGUAGGUCAGCAUGGACAACCUGAGAGAAGAACACACACCAACACACACACACAAGCAUAUACUGGCCUCUGCCUGUUCUCGCUCUAACGGACUGAACUGGGGAGGGCGCGGACGUGUCAUCACCUGACCUCUGACCUUCGUGUCCCAGAGGGCAUUGGGGUCUCUCUGUCAGGCCCAGUCUAUACCUCAGUUUCUCAUUCUUAGGGACUGUAUACUUUUGUAAAGGAAUGUAUCUAUAAAAAAAAGAGUGUUAUUAAGUUGUCCCCGUUUUUUCAUUUGAUAGUGGAUGUGUAUAUUGUAUGUUCAUAACUAAGAGUAUAUUUAUUUGUAUUUUUCCUCAUUUAGGGGGAAAAAGACGAAGUUUCAAAUGGUGCAAACUUGAUGCUAUGAUUGUCGUUCUUCUGGUUACUCCUGCUGUAUGGCUUUGAUCCUCUGAGAAAGAAUCUGUGAGGCAAAAUCCCCCUGGUUUCUUAAAACGAGCACCAAUGACUCAAGUUCGCUUGACUUUAUAAAUCUUUAGUGCUUUACAAAAUAAGCCAUAGAAAGAACUAACUUACAGAGGGGCAAAAGCCGGGGAGGAAAAAAAAAAAGAAGUGUGUUAAUUGUCGAAACCGGUCGGUUGAUUUCUGGUGAGCUUCGGUUCACAUUUUUUAAUUUCUUGUUUGUGUGAUCAAAGGCUGAAAAUGAUGAUCUGCAUUGUGAAUAUUCAGCAGGUGAGAUGAGGUGGAGGAAGACAAACUGUGCAAGUUACAUGCCUGUGAACCCCUAGACAGUCGCUCUAAGUCUGAGAUAGUAGAUAUGUUCAUGUAGCUGCACUCAUUUCCACAACUUGUCGCUGACUUGUUUCCCAUCGUCCUCGUUGGCAGUGGGCACAGCUUAAUUGCCAAAAUGCCAGAUCCCA